AUGACAGAUUGCAAGCCUCUCACAACUCCCGCGGCGGUCACUCAAGCUGUAACACCGUCAGAUGAAGUCUUUGAUAAUCCUACUCAGUACAGGCGUCUCGCUGGGGCACUGCAGUACCUGACUAUAACACGACCUGAUCUUUCUUAUGUUGUCAAUCGUCUUUGUCAGUUUAUGCACACUCCCACUACUGAGCAUUGGGGUCUCCUGAAGCGGGUCCUGCGAUACGUCAAAGGCACUCUCGAUUAUGGGUUACGGCUAGCACCAUCACCAUCAGCAGAUAUUCAUGCUCUCUCCGACUCGGACUGGGCUGGGUGUCCGACUGAUCGCAAGUCUACAAGUGGGUAUGCAGUUUUCCUAGGGUCAAACCUCAUCUCGUGGGUAUCUCGCAAGCAAUGCACCGUUGCUCGUUCUUCGACAGAAGCUGAGUACAAGGCUCUCUCGAAAAAUCGUUAUUAUUGUCAAACUGAUGAAAGAUUACAGUAA